AUGGGGCGGGGCUGGAUGAAAGGACUGGGAAUAGAACUUUGCAGCACCAUGGAUGUCAACGCAGUGUUGUCUAUUCAGGACGUUAUUGCGGAGUACCGCAGUAUCUUUGACGACGAACUGGGGACUUUCAAGGGCGUCGCUGCAAAGAUCAGCCUUUGGGAUAAUGCGAAGCCCAGGUUUUUUAAACCUCGCCCUGUCCCGUUCGCAAUGCUUGAUCACGUAAAUGACGAGCUGCUUCGCAUGGAAUGCACAGGCGUGCUGCGACCUGUGAAGACCUCUGAGUGGGCUGCACUGAUGGGAUUUCAAGGUCACAGUGAACCUAUAAGUGUACCAGAGGAAAACGCCAUACCCCGUGUUGAGGACCUGUUUGCCAAGUUCAGUGGUGGGGAGAAAUUCACGACACUUGACCUGAAGGAUGCAUAUUUACAAGUGCCGCUUCCUGAAGAGUCAACUAAGCUGGUGAUAAUCAGCGCACCGAGAGGUGUUAAACGUAAAGCCAAGGAUGCCUUUGCACAGACAGCAUUGCCCGUCAGGGAGGAACAAGUGCAGUUCAGGGACAUGCCUAUGGAAGAAGCUGGUGGUGGUGCCGGCAUCGCCUUCGGCAACUAUUUUUCUACUGGCAUGCCUUUUAUGCUGCAGAAUCUCAGCUUGAAGACGGCCAAGGUCCUUUAUGCCUUGACAGAUCCAUGCGAGGCUGAUUCAGAAGCAUGA